AUGUUCAUUUCCCAUACCUGGUGGACUGCCGGCUGGCGGAAGGCGGUAGCGCUUUACUUCCAGAGCACCGCCAGCAUCAUCUUCGUUGCGUGGUUGUUUUGCAUCUUUACAUCCUUUGUGCUUUGCAUCACCGACGUUCUGCCGUUGCCCUUUGUCUAUCAGGCGAACUUGCUUGGCUUCACGGAGCUUUGCCCCAUGGGCUGUUGGAUCCUCUGCUCUGGCCUCCUCGGGCCCGUGCUGGCCUCCGUUUCGUACCUCUAUCUCCCUUGCUGCAAGUCGCCGGUUUGCUUUGUGGAUGUGGCAUGCAUACAUCAAGCGGAUCAAGCCCUUAUGCAGCGUGGCGUCCAGGGCAUCGGGGGUUUCUUGGCAGUCACCCGUGAGCUUCGAGUCCUGUGGAGCCCUCCUUACCUGUCCAGGCUUUGGUGCAUUUUCGAACUCGCGGCUUUCCGCAAAGCCAGCCCGGAAGGGAAGAUCACUUUCAAGCCGCUCUUCGUUGAGAUGGCGGUGCUCUGCAUUUGGGUGGUGCUCUUCGGGAUGAACAUCUUGUUCUUCCUUGCGAGAUUGGGCCGAAACGGCGCAACCAUCGCUGCAUAUGCCCUUGUGCUCUUACCCUUCCCGCCCUCCGUCUACGUGUUGAGGAAGAACUACUUGGCCAAGCGAAAACUGCUCGUGGACAUGGAACAGUUCGAUCUAGACCGUGUGAGCUGCUACAGCGAGUCUGACCGAGACUUCAUUCAUUCCGCGAUCUCAGAGUGGUAUGGCAGUGUGCAGGCUUUCACACGCUUCGUGCAAGGUCCUCUUCGCCGGGAGCUCGUCGCCCCGAUCCUGGCCACAAACCUGCCCUGGCCAUAUAUCUUCCUGACAAUCACUCCGACGUUCAGCCUUAGUAUGGAGACCCUGCUCGCACUCUGGAAGGGGGGCGCUCCGGUGGAAUGCUUGGUAGCCUGGACUGCUGGGAUGCUUCUGGGGAACAACUGCUUCUUUCUUCCAGCCGGCCUAGUGCUCAUGCUCUACCUCUGCGAUCGCUUUGCUGCCCCUGUCGGCUCCUCGUGUCUUGCAGAGUUCCUGAUGCCUGCCUGCACAGAGUAA